AUGAACUGCAACGAGCUCCAGGAGGGCAUGCGCGGGUCGCGCUACGUGAUCAAGCGGCCCAAGGCGCUGCAAUGGUUCUACAAGGGCCGCCUGUACAAGGCGAGCGACGAGGAGCGCCAGGCGGGCCGCUUCGAGCUGUUCCUCGACCUCCUGUACGUCGCCAUCGUGGCCAACUUCAGCGACGACCUCGCCGAGCACCCCAACGGCGCGCACCUCGCCAAGUAUAUCCUCAUCUUCGCGCCGGCGUGGCACAUCUGGGCCGACCUGCGCGAGAUCAUGAACUCGUACUACACCGACGACCUGAUCCAGCGGCUGGUCAUCCUGUGGGUCAUGGCGCUGCUGGUCCUGUACGCCAACAAUGCGCGCCUCGUCGACGAGGAUCUGAGCGCCAUGCGCACCACGGCGGGCGCGUACGUCGUCGCGCGAUUCACGACCAUGUGCGUCUUCCUCAUCAGCUCCUUCGCUAGCUACCAGCACCGGACGCAGGCGCGCAUCAUGGCGUGCUUCAUGUUCAUCGGCCUGUUCAUCGCCAUCCCGCUCUUCUUCGAGUCCGUCAGCAUCCAGGCCAAGGCCGCCGUUGUCGCCGUCAUGAUCUUUUACCAGGAAAGCACAUGGGCGCUUACGCUGAGUCCUUGGAUCAAGCGGCGUCUCAAGCUCCGCUAUAGCACGGCCGUCGAUAUUGCGCACGAGAUCGACCGCAUGGCGGCCUUCUUCAUUAUCAUCCUGGGCGAGUUCGUGUACAGCGUUAUUGUCGGUGACCCUGCCGGCGUGGGGUUGACGUCCGGCUACGCGAAAGCCGUCUUCACACUCAUCAUCGCCUUCUGUCUGAACUGGAUCUACGUCAGCGGCGACGGCAGCGUGCAGGCGACGCAUCCCAUCCGCCGCUCCGCCUGGACCGCCUUUGGCUUCUUCCUGCUGCAUCUGCCCAUGUCGGCCUCGUUCCUCAUCGGCGGGCACAUUUGCGCCAUCAGCACCAAGCUGCACGAGUUUGAGGACGGCCAGCGCUGGCUCCUGGGCGGAGGGCUCGGCGUCGGAAUUUUCUGCCUGUGGGUGUACGGCAUGCUCUACCGCGCCGAGGACGAAGACUACCUCAUGCUGUCCAAGUAUCCGCGAAUCGGCAUGCGUCUAAUCAUCGCCGUGAUCCUCAUGGUCUUGCCCGAGACGCACGACCAUCUCACCACGACGCAAUUCAUGGCCGUUGUCAUGUCUCUGGUAGCUUUCCUCACCGUCUGGGAGACAUUCGGAGGAUUGCUCAAGGGCGCGAGCUUCUUCGAGCCCUGGACGGACAUACACGAGCCUCCGGAGGAAGCGAUAGAGGAGGGCAGCGACUCGCAGAUCCAGCCUGCGGCGUCUUCGUAG